ACUGCUAAUUUACAAAAUCAUGCUACUGCCUUAAGGCAACAACUGGAACAAAAAGACCAGGAAAUGACUGAAUUGGAAAGAACUCUCUCAACUGCUCAGGAUGAGUUACGUGAUUAUCAACGCCAACAGUCUCCUGAGUGGGUCAUCUCAAGGGAUCACAUUCAGCUGACAGAUAAAUUUCUCGGCAAAGGAGGCUGGGGAAGUGUUGUCGAAGGCAAAUAUUGUGGUUGUACUGUUGCAGUGAAACAGAUCCAUGAGUUGAUUCUCUCUCCUCACAACCUCAAAUUAUUUGAGCGAGAAAUGGACAUUGCUUCAAGAUGCCGCCACCCUUGUUUGCUGCAGUUUAUCGGAGCAACCAAUGACGAAGGAAAUCCAUUGUUUGUAACGGAGCUAAUGGAAACAAGCUUACGCACUUUGUUGGAACAGAGAGCACUUUGUGAGGUUGAAAUCUCUCUUAUUUCCCUGGAUGUGGCUCGGGCGCUAAACUACCUUCACCAAAAGCAACCAUCUCCCAUUAUACACCGCGACAUUAGCAGUGCAAAUGUGCUACUCUGGCGACAAGGGGAGCAUUGGCGAGGCAAAGUGUCAGAUUAUGGAACCGCCAACUUUAUUCAGCAGACCAUGACAGUUGCUCCUGGUGCUAUGAUAUAUAGUGCCCCUGAAGCAUAUACUAAAAAUCAAACCGUCAAGGUUGAUGUGUAUAGCUUUGGCGUCCUCCUCUGCGAGAUGUGCAUCCGAGAAAUGCCAGAUCCACAAAAGCGAGUUAGGCAAGUUACUAUGGUUAAAAACAAAUUGAAUCGAACCCUUAUCCGGAGAUGUUUGGAAUCAGAGCCUGAGGCGAGACCAAGCAUACAGGAGAUCAUUGAUGAACUUGAGGAACCUAAUUAAAAGAUGUUUCAGGUUCGGUUGUGCCCUAAACGCUGUAAUUGAAGUGGUAUGUAUGCUAUCGAGGGACAUCUCUUGUAUAUAAAUCCCCCUGGACAUAUUCAGACAUGAUUAGAUUGAUUUUAAUUAAUACCGUCAACUAAGGACAUUUACUACAUGGGAGGUUGUCCUUUCAGUGUUGCGUCGUAGAAAGACUUAAUUCAUGAGUAAACAAGUUUUGUGAUUUCGGUUGAUUUCUUUUCGACAGUUAGGUUUGAAAUUGGGGGGGGGUGUCAUUUUUAUUCCCUGGUUCUAGCUGAACCAUUUUGAAUCAAUGACGUUUGAUCGGUUUAAUGUUCAUUAUGCCUCUUGCGUAUACCGUGCACUUUUAAGGUUAUUCCGUAAUAUUGCAUUGCAGAUCCUUAUACUGCGCAUAAUUUCACUCCUGCUUACUGCGCACACAUUUAAAAAUGGAAGCUUUUCUAUAUGGUCGGUGAUCACCAAGAG